AUGAGCCAUCGCUGCCGCGGCACCGGCUCCAUGCCGGCCAUCCGGGCAAGGAGGAGAGCGCGGGCAGCCGCUCCCUCGGCUGCGAUCCCAGCGCAGGGGGCACACGGGGGAAGCCGGCACCAGGAACUCGGCAGAACCCCCCCGGCCCUCACCGCGGCCCCCUCCGCCCACAGCGAGCCCCAAGCUGGGGCAGCACCGACCGCGGGUCCCACCUGGGCUGCAGCCGCCUCUGAGCUCCGGGUGCCGCCCGCCGCUCCGGACCGACACGAACUGAUCCCGACACAGCCCACCGGCCACGACCUCGCUCGCGCGGGUGGGGCGAGCACCGCCGGCACCGCGGGCGCAGCGGGCACCGACGGCGAAGAGAUCACCGCGGGCGGAGCGAGGAACGACGAGGAAGCGAGCACUGACGACGAAGAGAGCAAGGACGACGAAGCGAGCACCGCGUUCGGGGCGCGCAACGACGAGGAAGCGAGCACUGACGACGACGCGAGCACCGCGGGCGGAGCGAGCUCCGACGACGAAGGGGAGCAACGAGGAGGAAGCGAGAAGCGAGCAGAGCGGACGGAGCGAGCACCGCGAGCGGAGCGAGGAACGACGGCGAAGGGGAGCAACGAGGAGAAAGCGAGCACCCCGGGCGCAGCGAGCACCGACGACGAAGCGAGCACCGACGACGAAGCGAGCACCGCGGGCGGAGCGAGCAACGACGAGGAAGCGAUCACCGCGGGCGAAAUGAGUACCGCGGGCGGAGCGAGGAACGACGACGACGGGGAGCAACGAGGAGAAAGCGAGCAACGACGAGGAAGCGAGCACCGCGGGCGGAGCGAGCAGCGCGGGCGGAGCGAGCAGCGUGGGCGGAGCGAGCAGCGCCGGUGGCCGCGGUGCUCGAGUGUCUCAAUAAAGGCAGCCAGAGAUCUCUCAACCAUCAUGGGCAUAACAGGCCCGGACUAG